AUGGCCCCAAAAGUAGGCAAUAGAAAAAGAAAAGAAGUUAGUAGCAAUGACGAUGACGAUGCAAAUGAUGAUAGAGAUCACAAUGCAGUAGUGAAGAGGCAAACAAAAGACACAAGAAAAGAAAAACAGAAGGAGGCAACAAAUAAAGCAAGGGCAACAACAAAGAAGACUAUUGCUCAUCCAAAGCCAACCAAGAUGCAAAAAAAAGAGAUGAGGAAAGGAAGAGACCGAGAGGAAACAAAUAAAACAAGGAAGGCUAGUAGUAGUAGAGCUGAGAAAGGAAACGACAAUAAAUGUAUCAUGUAA